AUGAAUGCAAAAUGGCUGAGUACGAAGGUAGAGAAGUCUUUGAUUGAAAAUCCAAAAUUCAAGAUUAAGGAUGUGCGAGAAAAAGGGUUGAGGAAGUGGAAUACAAGUAUUUCAGUGGCCAUGGCUCGUAGGGCAAAAUCCUUAGCUUCAGACCAAGUGGAAGGGUCAUUCAAAGAACAGUUUCGAAGAAUACAUGAUUAUGCUUAUGAAAUUCUGAGAUGCAACCCAGGGAGCACAGUCAAAGUUAAAGUGGAUGAAAUGCAGGGUGAGUCUAUUUUUGGUAGGUUUUACACAUGUUUCAAAGCAUGCAAAGAUGCUUUUGUGCUUUCUCGCCCCUUUAUUGGGUUGGAUGGUUGCUUCCUCAAAGGGAAAUAUGGGGGCGAGUUGCUAACUGCAGUGGCCAGGGAUGCUAACGACCAAAUGCUUCCUCUAGCAUACGCAAUUGUGGAGGUAGAGAACAAAGAGACAUGGAAAUGGUUUUUGGAAAUCCUAGUGGAUGAUCUAGGAGGACCUGAAGUCUGUGGGGCAUGUACAUUUAUGUCAGAUCAACAGAAGGGUCUGUUGCCUGCAAUUCAGGAGUUAUUACCUGGUGCAGAGCAACGAUUUUGUAUGAGGCAUUUGUACUCUAAUUUCAGAAAACGGUUUGGUGGCCAGAAGUUGAAAAACCUAAUGUGGAAGGCAGCAACUGUGACACACCCUGUGGCCUGGGAAAGGGUAAUGAGAGAUAUUAAAAAGGAGAAUGAAGAUGCUUUCAAGUACCUCAUUGCUAUACCACCUAGGUUUUGGUCCAGAUCAAGAUUCACUAGGAAUGCUGUGACUGACACAGUAGUAAAUAACAUGACAGAGGCAUUUAACAGUGUGCUUGUUGAUGCUAGAUGCAAGCCUGUUAUCUCAAUGUUGGAAGACAUACGAAUAUACAUGAUGAAGAGGUGGCAAUCUAAAAGACAAAAGCUGGAAAAAAUGGAAGGGCAAAUCUGUACUAAAAUAAACAGCAGACUACAAGAAGAAUCCAAAAAAAGCAGAUACUGGAUCCCAAGGAAAUCAACUUUUGAAGAGAUGUACAACUCCAUUAUCUACCCUAUCAAUGGACAAAACAUGUGGCCCACCACUGAUUUUCCAGAUGUCAUGCCUCCACAUAAAAGGAUUAUGCCUGGGCGACCCAAGAAAAAGAGAAGGCUGGAACAAUGGGAGUUGAGGAAAGAUGAUACCAAAUUACGAAAAGGUGGCCAUAGAAAAAGAUGCAGAGUUUGUCGUGAACUGGGGCACAAUAGGACAAAUUGCCCACAACUGCCUACACAAGGACAGUCCUCACAGCCAAGUGAUGCUCCUCCACAACCAACCCAGCCAUCUCAAGAGCCAAUUUCUGCUACUCAACAACCAACCCAGCCAUCUCAGGAGACAAUUUAUGCUACUACACAACCAAACCAGCCAUCACAGGACCCAACUUCUGCUCCUCCACAACCAACCCUGCCACUCUGA